CUUCAAUCUUUCAUAUCUUUCUCAUUUUAGCUCCAAUUUAUGAAGAAGAGAAAACCCAUCAAGAGGAGUAUGGAAUCUCUAGUCAGGCUACUUUUACCUUGAUGGCUCCAUUUGAGCGGUUGGAGAAACCAGAGCUACCUGAACCUGAAAUACUUGUUGAUUCUACUAAUGAGAGUGAUGCAGGAUAUGUGCUAAUUCCUUGUUCGAACGAUGUGUUCUUUGAAGAUUAUGUCACAUUUUGGUGGUCACGAGAGUUCGAAGGUCUACGCCAUCUGACUGCAUACCUGGAGGAUAAGGUGGAUGCACUAGUGAUGAGUGCUCCACAACUGAUUUGCAUUACAGAGAGUUCUCUCUCAAACGUCAAGCUAGUGACGUUAAAGAGCGCUUCUUGGGAUACAACUCAUGUUUUUCAUAACUUUAUUUGUUUGUUUUGUGUGAUUGCAGAUUGUGCUUCAAUAAAUAAAUUGUGAGUUGAGCGCUUUGACCCGAUUUCAAAAAAACUGACUACAGAUGAUGUAAGGAUAUU